AUGGCGAGAACUCAAGUGACCUCAGUUUUGUGUUUGUACCCGUUAUUAUUAACAAGUAUGACUACAUUCUGUGCGAACCUUGACGGUAGCAGCAAAACAGGCCAGACUUGUGUAAGUGUUGGAUAACAAUGUACAUAUUGCAGAUCUUUACAGCAAUUUCUGCGAUGGCAGAUUCCCGCAGUUGUUAUGGGAAGCUUCCUUAAACAAUAGCGUUAUAAAGAGAUAAAUAAAACAUAUAUUUGUGUAAUGAGGGUUCGAUCCGUUUCACUCUUUUUAAUUGUAUCACCAGUCUACUCGCCUAUGUUAUGGCGGCAUUCCAGGCAUGCAUGGCAAGCCAGGUACGCCUGGGCCACCAGGCCGCGACGGCCGUGACGGACGAGACGGAGCUAAAGGAGACCAGGGAAUUGCGGGGAAUGCUGGCCCCCAGGGUCUUCCUGGUGUCAUAGGUCCUGCUGGUGCAACUGGAAAGGAUGGUGCUAAGGGAGAGCUUGGCGCCCAGGGUCCUCCCGGUCAAAAGGGGGAGCGCGGAGAGCCUGGAAAUCCCGGUAUGAUGCCUUUCAAGAACUGGAAAGAGUGUGCUUGGAAAAACGUGAACGAUGACAGAGACAAUGGGUUAAUCAAGGUCUGUGUUAUGAUCAUCUAUGGUGAUGGUGUCUAUGGCAUGUUGGUGUCACUCGAGUAUCUGCCCCCCUCCCCUCUCCCUUUCAGAAAAAAAAACCUAUUUUGCGAAAAAAUUUGCAUAAAUGGCAAGUUGUCGUUAGUCAUAUUCAAAGUAAUCACCUACAUCCUGAAACUGUCCUUUACCGUUUAUCGAAGUAGAGGUAAUAAAAGCAGUAAGAUAGACAAAUAAAAAAAAUAAUUAAUAGAUAAAUCCUCAUACAUAAACAGAUAAAUCAACUUAGUAUUGGCGAAUGUACACUGUGGUUUUUCGUCAGCAAUUCCGAAUCGAAUUGAAUUUGAAGUUGUUCGUUUUUGAGGACAGGAGAAAACCGAAGUGUCUGAGAAAAACCUCUCAGGGCAAGGGUGGAAACCAAAAACAAACUUAAGCAAAACAUGCCUUGGCGCCACUUCAGAGGGGUUCGAAUCUAGGCCGCAUUGGUCUGAGGCGAAUGCUCUCACCACUUUGCCACCCUUGCUGACCUUCUGAAUUAUUUCCUUUUUGCCAGUCCUUUUCUUGUUUGCUUGAGCACAUACAGGAAUACAGCAGAUAUGCAUGAGUAUUUACAAUGGUGAGACGAAAGCGAGCCAUUCUAAAUGUCCAUACAAAUUGGGCCCGAAUAUUGUAUAGAAAUGAAACGAUAAGUGAAGUGAAUUCUAAUAGCUGGCCAAUAGUUUCAAAUGGUUCAUCUCCUUUUUAUAAUUUGUCAUCCCACUUGAUUUGUAUCAAGAUCAACAGAGGCAUGCAAAUCAAAUAUAGGAUAUAGGAUUGUUUUUGUUCUCUAAUUAACGAAUUGUAGAUAGUGUUUUGAUGAAUUGAUUAGAUUUUUUGCAACAGCAGGUUGAUUGUAAAUAGGAUUUUAAUCAAGGUUUUGUAAUAAAGAUUUUACCAAUUUUCCUCUUAAUCAAAUACUACCUUUUGGUUGAUCACAACUUUGAGGUAUAAUCAAUAUCUUUGAACAAUCUUUUUUUUUUUUUUUUAUCACGCAGGAAUGUUUGUUUACCAAAAACUUCUCUGAAACAGCUCUUCGAGUGGUCUGGGUUGGUGCUUUAAGAAUAGCUGGUUGUGUAAACUGUUGCAAGCGGUGGUACUUCACUUUCAAUGGCGCCGAAUGCUCAGGUCCACUCCCCAUCGACGGCGUUAUCUACUUAAGCAUCAAAAAUGAAAAUCCUCACCGGGUCCGUCAAAUCGAGGGACACUGUAACAACAUUCACCAAGGGAGGGUGCGAGUUGGAUUUAGCGUCGGUAACUGUGUCGGAUAUUCCGGAAGCGUCGAUGCAUAUACAGGUUGGAAUUCCGUCUCUCGCAUCAUAAUCGAAGAAGUUCCCAAGGCUCAGACUUAG